GAACUCAGGUAAAAAAACUAAAAAAAAAUCAUGUGAAAGAACAACUAAAAACUCGUGGAAUUGUAAAGGAUAUGAAUACUAAUAAAAGAGAUUUGGUAAAGGAAUUAGAAAUAGUAUUGGCUGAAGAGACCUUGGCGAAAAUAUCAGAUGCUCGCGAUCCCUACUCAGAUAAAGACGAAAGUUCAGUCAAGAUUGGAAACAAGACAAUAUUGGAUUCAAG